AUGGCCCUAGUGAACUUAGUCUUGUCCAGCAUCAUCUUUUCCCUUGUCCAGGGAAUUCCUACUCCUGUUCUGACACGAUCUAAAGUGGCACUGAGACCAUCUACUAGCAUUUAUGGGAACAGACAUUCUCAGGGUAUGAAGUAUCCUCUUUACAUGAUGGAACUCUACCAGACUCUCAUCAUGGGGAAUGCUACAGACCUUUCAGUUUUGGAACACCCUGCUCUUCAGGAAUCCGAUGCUGUCCUGAGUCUCAUCUCAAAAAGUUGUGUUGAAGUGGAUAAUCACUGGGCAUUAUCUUUUGACAUGUCAUCUAUCUCUAGCAGCAAUGAGUUGAAUUUGGCUGAGUUAAGAAUUCACAUGCCUUUUUUUGAGAAAUCUCACAAUGUGACCAUUGAGAUCUACCACACCAAAGACCGUCACGAGAACUUCUUCCUGGGGUCUUUCCAGUAUGAUCCAUCUGUUGCACAAGGUUCCUCCUGGAAGGUUUUUAAUAUCACAAAAAUGAUGCAGAACUAUCUCCAGCUCAGGGACCACUUUGAGAGUGAAGGUUAUCUCCGAACCAAGAACAUGUCCAGGACAGCCAGGAAGAUUAGCUGUACGAAUGUUGUUGCGGAGAGAGUCAUGUUGGUGGUGUUCGCUAAAGACAAACCUUCUGCCAUGAGCGAUUCUCAUCAGAGCCUCAUUAAAACAGUGGAAUCGUCUAAGUACGUCAAGAUUGAGGAAAGUACCAGUUUCCCUGGCACCAGAAGGCACAAGAGGAACAGAAAUGUACAGCAUAGCAUCAUGAGGAACAAAUUUCUGUCCAGGCCAAAGGAUAAUGGAAAGCCCCUGUGCAGGAGGGUCGACAUGAUUGUUGACUUUGACAAGAUUGGAUGGGGUCAUCAUAUCAUCUAUCCAAAGAGAUUCAAUGCAUUCCGAUGUGAGGGGUCCUGCCCAAUACCCCUAAAUGAAAGCUUCAAGCCAACAAAUCAUGCUUACAUUAAGAGUUUGGUCAAGCUGUACGAUUCUGACAGAGUUGAAUGCAAUUCUUGUGUCCCAGUGAAGAUGAGUCCCUUGUCCAUGCUGAUGUAUGAGGAUAAUGAAGUGGUUCUAAAGCACCAUGAAGAUAUGAUUGUUGAAGACUGUGGAUGCAACUGA